AUAAGAGUUGAACUAACAGCUGGUGGCGGUGGUAAUAAAAGUGAAAUUCGUCGUAAAAAACUUGAAGAAAAGAAAAAGAAAUUAAAAGAUGAAAGGCGCAAGUUUCAUGAGACUUAUAUUGUGCCCAUAAAGUCUAAAAGUUCUGAAGCUGUUGAUCACAGCGAAUCAACUUUUAUGUUAAAACCUAUUUCUCAACCUGAUAAUAAGACGCAAACUAAAAUUAAAAAACCAAGAAAAUUGAAGGGUUCAAAUGCAAUUAAACUCAAUAAUACUAGAACUUUCGGAUGA